AUGUUCCUCUUGUGGAUGCUGCUGUCCCCCGAUCCACAGGUGCGCAGCUACAGUGUGAAGACGAUUAGCUCCUGCAUGGCCAUCUUCAUGGCCCUGUCCAUCGAACACGCCGAGCUGGGACUCGUAGUAAACGGCUUUCACAUGAAGAAGCUGGGCACUCCACUGUUUCUUCUGCACUGGGUCCUCAUUCCCGUGAUUACGUGGCCACUGCGUGGGUCGCACGUGAACUUUGCGGCGGCAGUGCACAUCCUCGCCCAUGUCACUGCCUUUUUGGGCAUUGCUGUCUGCAACCAACUGUUCAACGUGGUUCGGGCGGCGACGAGUGGCUUUAGUCCAGUCGUCGUCAUCGGCAUCCAGUUGGUCCUUCUUGUGAAGCUGGCCGUUGCGGCGCGGGUGGUUGUCCUCCUCACCAAGAACUUUCUGCACCGCCACAUCAGCGUUCCGCACGAGUCCCCGGCCGAACACGUGGAGGCACACACUGCCGCGCUCACGGAGGCAGAGUUUCUGGAGGAGGUGGAGGAAGCCAACAUGGAAGCAGCUUGCAUCCUGGUCAGCUACCUGGCCAAGAACUGGAUCGUUUCGUCACUUCUUCUUUGGUGCCAAUUCGACUUUGGCAUUCUUCAAGAAGGUGACGUCCUUCUCAUGAAGAAGUCUGAAAGGUUCGUUCUCUUCAUCACCUACCUCAGUACAGUGACGCUCGGAAUCUACGGCGUUCUCGCCAUCCUGCAAGGUGCGGCACCAUACAUUCUCCAAAACCACGACUACAAGCACUACUUGACGCUGUUGAACUUUACCACAGCAUGGACUUCAGCUGCGCUCAUCAAAUGGCUAGUGUGCUUCUUCCUCGUUGACGAAACAUGCAUCCGUGUGACGAGCGCCGUGUUUUGCACGAUCCUCGGAUGCUGCCUGCUCAUCAUUGUGGACAAGCUGGCAGACUUUUCCUUGCUUGGUGAGCCCGAAGCCGAGGCCCUGGUGCGGGCCCCAGUUGGACGUGGGACUUGGGACGAAGAGACGUUCAGGAUUUCAUCUUCUCUCUCGCUCCCUCCAUGUCUGGGGGGUGGGGGGGGGUGGAGGUGGAGGUUGCCACUUGGGGUGUGCACAAACUGUUGGGUCUGGCAGAAGAUCCGUUGGCAUCUGGGGCCUUUCGACUGA